AUGCAACCACCACCACCAGCUACCAAUGGUCCCGUCAUUGCAGGCUACUUUGUCAAUUGGGGGAUUUAUGCACGCAACCACAAUGUCAUAGAUCUCGCACCCGAUGCACACAAGCUCACACACUUGCUAUAUGCUUUUGCCAAUCUCGAGCCUUCUGGCAACGUUAUCCUCGGCGAUGUAUGGGCUGAUAAAGACAAGCAUUUCCCUGCCGAACAAACGAUUGAUGGGCAAGCUGACAGCUGGAAUGACCAAGGCAACAACUUGUAUGGCAACUUUAAGCAACUCUAUCUACUCAAGCAACGCCAUCGACAUCUCAAAGUGACUCUCAGCGUGGGUGGAUAUUCAUGGUCUGCCAAUUUCGGCGCCGUUGCAGCGGAUCCACAGAAAAGGGCUACCUUUAUACAGUCGGCUAUCAAGCAUGUUGCUGAUCUUGGAUUGGAUGGCCUAGAUAUUGAUUGGGAGUAUCCAAAGAAUCCUCAAGAAGCAUUCAAUUUUGUGCAUUUGCUGUACGAGUUACGUAUCGCUCUUGAUCGAUAUCAGCAAAGCUUGGGACAAACAAACGAGCCGCGUUUACUACUCACUUUGGCCGUUGCAUGUGGACCCGACAACUACCGAUUGCUUCGACUACGUGAGAUGGAGCCCUAUGUGGAUAUCUUUUAUUUGAUGGCGUACGAUUUUGCAGGCUCGUGGGAUAGCCAAACAGGGAAUCAAUCAGCAUUACAUGGAGGUUCAAUCAAUGGCCAUCGAGCUGUGACCGAUUAUAUGCAAGCAGGUGUUCCGCCCCAUAAGCUGGUACUUGGCAUUCCUGCGUAUGGUCGUGCCUUUUCCAACACAUCAGGACUUCAUUCGAGCUUUCGAGGUUUACCAAAAGGAACUUGGGGAGAGGAUGGCAUGUAUGAUUACAAAACACUUCCCAUGCCUGGAGCCACCGAACACAACGAUCUUCAAAAUAUGGCCUCCUAUUCAUAUGAUCCUGCAAAACGAGAAUUUGUCUCCUAUGAUACACCCGAAGUCGUUCGAGCCAAAUGCGAAUAUGUUAAACAAAUGCGGCUUGGUGGUGCCAUGUUUUGGGAAUUAUCAGCAGAUCACAAGGACAAUCAUCCACGCAGCUUGCUGAAUACAGUCUACAACUCAUUCGGUGGUCGCCUAGAUACAAUCCCCAAUCAUCUUCGCUUUCCACAAAGUCAAUAUGAUAAUAUCAGAGCGAUGGGAAAUAUGUAA